CCGGCGGCAGCGCUAUAGUCGGCAAGUUUGGCGCGUCCGCCCUGCCACGUGAGAGAGCGCCCACUCGAUCGCGACUGCUCGCGCGGGCCGCAUCGGUCCGCCCGUGCUUGGAUUAUAUACAACCCGUGCGUGUUUUUGUGGACGCGCCGCCGCUGUCGACUCAGUGCGUGGUGAAACUCGCCGACCGAACCCGCUGCGCGUGGCCAACGUCGUGCACCGGACAGCCUUAGCGGCCGGCGUUCUCCGGAGAGUCCGUCGCAUGUGCGUGGACCGGCAGCGGGCAACGCGAUCGCCAUCCAUCAUCGUCGCCGACGCCGGAGCGCCGCCGGGUUCAGCGCCGCGCGCGCCGCCUCCGUUAUUGGAUGGCGUCCGUCACGUGAUAUGCUAAUCUCCGGCGGCGGGGCGGAGCCAUGGCGCUGCUCGGCGACGAGACCGAAGCAAAACUAUCUCCAUCAUCCAAUUCAGCCGGCAAAAAUUAAUGACCAUGAGUUCGUUUUUGAUGAACUCGCCGUCCUACGUGGACCCCAAGUUCCCGCCGCCCGAGGAGUACUCGCAGGGCAACUACAUCCCGAGCCAUGGGGCCGGUGACUACUACGCGGGCGCCCCGACGCACCACCACCACCACGCGGCCGCGGCCGCGGCGCACCCGUACGCCUCGUUCGGAGGCGCAGCGGCCCCGCCGUACGGUGCCGAGAACGGCGGCUACGUGUCCAGCGCGUCGCCGCACUACUACCAGCACUCAUGUUCCAUGACACAGACCACGCUGAGUCCGCUGUCGCGGCCCAGCGUAGCGCUCGACCAUGCGGGCGGCGGACACAGCCCGCCGUACUCGGGGCCUCCCGCGCCGCUGCAGCGGUCGCCGUCGCCCCCGCCGCCGGCGUCCAUGCUCAGGCCGUCGCCGCAAUCGCCGCACGUCGGGGCAGCGCCGCCGAUGCACAGCCCCGGGGCCACCGCCACGGCGCCGACUUCGGUAGCCGGCGGCGACUGCAAUCAGGCCGGACAGCCCGUCAUCUACCCCUGGAUGAAGAAGGCGCACGUCAACGCAGGCCGGUCGUUCCUGUUCGCCUCGGACCCGACGAACGGCACGUUCACGGGCAUGGAGCCCAAGCGGCAACGCACCGCCUACACGCGGCACCAGAUCCUCGAGCUCGAGAAGGAGUUCCACUUCAACCGCUACCUGACGCGGCGGCGACGCAUCGAGAUCGCCCACUCGCUCUGCCUGUCCGAGCGCCAGAUCAAGAUCUGGUUCCAGAACCGGCGCAUGAAGUGGAAGAAGGACAACAAGUUGCCCAACACGAAGAACGUCAAGAAGAACAACCCGAACCGGGCCGGCCAACAGCAGCAGCAACAACAGCAACAGCAGCAGCCACAACAGCAUUCGGUACAGCCGCACCAGCAGAACGCGUCGUCUCAGGAGCCGCACCCACCGCCGCACCAGCAGCCGUCGCCGACGCUGCAGAUGCCCAAUCCGCUCGCGUUGGCCCCGCACCAGCACGCGCACCUGCUGAACAGCCACCCACUGGGUCAUCCGGCCCAGACGCACAUCAUGUCGCCGCUUCCGCCGCCUCCCCCCGUGGACACGAAGGCGGACUACGGACUCACGGAACUGUGAACCGCGUGUUCGCUUAGUGCCGCGUGACGUGCUUGUGAGAGUGCACUAGCCCCCUUUUAUCUCUGCCAUUCGCGGAAGGACUCCGGGGGGACCGUGAAUAAGUGCGCGCUAAAGCCGAACACUUACACUUAGCCGCGGGCCAAGACUGCUGCACGGAAGCGAUCUACAAGACACAAAACAAAACAAGUUCCUCUCUCAGGAGAACCCGGACGUGUCCUCCAUUCUCAGUUUGUGUGUGGUGGCAUCGUGGUGGCUGCAGAAGCUGCCGCUUUCUUCGCGAACACGGCUGUGCAGCCACGUAGGUGCCAGCAAAGAAAGAAAGCGCGGUGGCGGCUGCCGGUGCUGCCCCCGGGUUCGUCGUGUGUGCGUGUGCGCGUGGACCACAUCCUUCGACGAGUUAGUGCAGGUGUGUCAUGCUGUUCUCUUGUAAAUACAACUCAGGUUUCACGAGACAUCCGCGCCGUGUGGCUUUUGCAGUGCUGUGUGUAUAGCUGUCACGUUUACGAAGGAAAAACAAAAUAAUGAAACGGGAAAAAUCUGGGGGAGCCGAGAGGCGGUCGACACAUCCGGUCGCGUUUGCUCGGAACCUUCCCGAGCAUCCAAGGAAAUGCCUUUCGCAAUGCCCGAGAGUUCCCGCCACAAUGCCUGAGCAUUCAGUGCCGCGGACUUUUUUUCUCUCUCUGUUACUCGGAAAAGCUCCUGUCGCUUCCACAACUGCAUGCAUCUCGGAUUAUGUUAAUCAGUUCGUGCACACGGGGUUAGUAACAGGUCGUCCAGCGUAGAUCUUGGAACGGGCAGCAGCUCAGGCUUUCGUUACACAACAGAUUUGAAUAGCUGAAGUGAUCUUGGUUUAGAUCGAGUGUGUAGAGCGUUUGGCCGAGCGGUACAGUCCUGGUAUAUUCUAUAAUUCGCAUGUCCAGUUAGACACAAAAACCCUGAUGAACACACUUUGGGGCAUGUACACCUAUGCUGUAAGUACGAAUGAAAGCGUCCACUCGUAGCAGGGCUCUAAGCCCUUCAAAAAUAUUGUAAACGUUUCAACGUAUCCGGAAUGCAGAGAACCGUUCAGCCACAGACAAGACGCGCGAAGUAACUUGACUAUACAAACUCUUAAGACCUGUCCGUGUGCGCGAUUUGUUUAACUCAUUAUGAAACCUUGUUAUCGAAAUUUAUGUCACAGAAAGCAACCACGAACGCAGACGACCCUGCCUGAACGCUGACGUUCAGUGAUCAACACCGAGCACUGUUUCAAAACUUCACACCCGUGCAAGUGAUAUCUUGACGACAAAAGAGAUGCGCUAAUUCUUCAUUUGGCACAUUAUUUUGCGUUUUCAUGGGACCACACGCCGUGCACUUUCGCGUUUGACACGUGGAAGUGGACUAUACAGUCCGUGUACAAAACGCACUUCUGCACCGAAGCUACCUCACAUGGAGAUGUAACUUAUGGCAGGCCACGGGACGACAGGAGCUUUGCUGUGUGCAUGAGGCCUUGGAUUCAAGGUUUUCGAUGGACAGCUACUCGAUACUCAGGGGCAUUUCUCUCACGAAUGAGUGCUAUCACUGUGCUCAGGCUAAGUAAGCGUUACGCACUUCACUCGAAGGUGCUCCGUAAGAACUUGCACAAAUACUCAUGAGGAAUACAAAAAAUAAAAGAAUGAACUGCGUGUCGGAGCAAAAAGUAAUCCGAUCAACAGCAUUAAUGAUCUCGCAUGUUGCGCGAUUAUGGUCAAAGUGUUAUUAACCAUGCGCUUGGUCGCGCGAUGAGAUCGUCCUGUGACGUAUACUGUGGCCGUUUUCCUACGUCUGUUUGUGUCGGCGUCGUUCCGUUUUUCUUGCUAGAUAAAUUUCGCGUCCCUUUGCUUCAGUCCGGUGGUCGUGACGCGUCAGAAAACACAAAAUACAUGCGUUCAGGUUGAAGAACGAGCAGUUCGAGUUGUAGCACUCGUCGAGCAUCUGCGUCGAGCCCUCUGAACCUUAAGCAAGGCCGAGAUGAUGUGCCAGUUGAGAUGCUAAAAGCAAACUAAAGCACGGUGUGUACACUAGAUGAUGUGCAUAGCAGAUAUAUCUUUUGUACAGUUCUUUUCUCUUCCAUGUGUUUUGCCUUAAGUUAUAAAGCCUAUAGCGUGAGCCCGAUCAUGAGCGAAAAUACUUCAGCGACGCUAGAGGUAUUCUCACUGUCCUAAGUGUCCUGGUGGUAGGCCUAAUUUAUACUCGCAUUAGUUCAGUUUGUGCGUCCGGUGCUGAAAAGAUUGGAAACUGUCAUGCGUAUCUUCUUCAGUGCCGUUCCGCAUCUUUGCGGAAAAGCAGUGAACGAGAAAAAUGAUCGAGGACAUUCAGUGCUUUUUGUUGCGGUCUGUGAUAACUUCCUGCGCUGUGUAUCAGGAAUUCGAUGGUUCAGAUGUCAAAACAAGUUCGGCAGCGAAGUACAAGGACAGACGCGCUUGAAAUUUCGCCGUAUGUAAGCCACCAGUGGGAGAUCUGUGAUAUUUUUGCAUCGUGUUUAUUGUUGUCUUGCUUUUCUUUCCCUCAGUGUGCAUCGUUGUGCUUUAGGUAGAUUCUUCAAUUUCGUUGGGCCAGCGAAACUUUCCUUAAGCGUAUUAUGAUAGGUCCAGGUGUAACGGUCUCGUUAUGGUUACUUUUAACUUUACGACUCUUAUCGUCCGUUUUGGUGAGAUAAACUUAAACAACUAUGUUUGCGCAUCGUGUGGGGCGACCAGUAUCCUUCGAUGUCACGUGCGGAAAGCAAGGUUGAAAAAUUACGCCCAGCUGCUGUUCACAGGUGUACAUGUUGAUAGUGUCCAGCUGCUGAUCUUACAAAGCUCUGCUAUGGAGUUUUACUUAUGGUUUAAUCUACAAUCUGAUUCAGUUACGAAUCUGUAAGAAUUUGCAUUCAUAUCUCGAAGCAUUUCUACCGCCAAAAGUAGAUAGCUUUGUAAGGAUUGUUGAAACCCUGCUUCGCGUCAAGCCCUAAUUCACAAAGCGCCCCGCGUGGCAAAUAAAAUGUUUUCGUGCUUACUCAAAGUGCUCUUUCGUCUCAGUUCUGACACUUUUCGCCAAGGUAAGACUUGCUUUGUUAUGGAGCAGUCAAAAAAGGCGCCUGACAGAGCAAAAACUACUUUCUGAUACGUAUGACCGUCCCAUUUCAUCGCCUCUAAUAACAGAGUAUUCUCGCAGAGAGUUACCGUUCGGCUGUCACUAUUGCCGAUCACGCCGUUUGGGCAUGCGCGGUUUUUACUGGGCAUGCCGAGUUGGAGUGAAGCGGCAAAGAUAGAACGGUAACGCUAUGCUAAAAUACUCCGAUGUUGAUGCCGACGUUCCUAACAGUGCAUUAGCCCCAUACGUACGCCUAUUAUUAAAACAAUUGAGCUAAGCUGGCCCUUAUCGGCGUCGGCCCGUUGCACGUUAAAUUACUGUACUGGUCUUGGAUGUUUAUUGCGCCAGGAUGUAGGCCUUUCAAGCAGCUGCGUGUUCUUGUCCAGAGAGAGACUCGGCGGAGACGAUCAGACUUUAUUUCGAGCACGUUUCUAUAAUCUGACAUCGGAGGUUCACUGAGCGGUUGCCCCACAAAAUCAUAAUUACAGAUUACUUCAAUAUCAAAUCUUGAACGAGUUAAAGUUGAACCUCCACAGGAUUAACGUUACCGCGAGCAUGCUGAAGCUAUCGGAAACAUUUUAAGCGCCAACCGGGCACUUGCAGGCCGGCAUUGGGCAGCAGUUAUUGUAUACCUUAGGCAGAGCUCGCUUGCCUGCUCUUUCUGGUGAUGAGCUGUAUUCCACUGAUUUCAUAACUUUAAGCUUGUUAUACUCGGUUUGUGCGUGCUUUCUAGAGAUGAAAAACCCUUUCUGAUUGCAUUUGCCAAGGGCAUAAAAAGAAAAAAAAAAAAACGAUCUGGAAGUAUUUCGCUCAAAGCCGGAGGACUUAUGAAACGUCCAAUCCGAAAUGAAUUACAGCUGAAUGUGACGUUUACGUUUGAAGUGACUAGUACGAAGCGAGUGUACUAGAGUGAACAGAAUCUACGCGGUCGCCAUGAUACCCUUGUCGAAAAAAAAUAAGCAAGUGGCACUAAAAAUAAUACACAGUACGGUCUUGGGCGUUCUGGAAUAUCGCCUUUUGCUUACAUUUCCUAUCGCAUCAGGUUAUUUCCAUUAAAACGUCAUUUCUAUCCGUGUUAGCACAGAAAAGUAACGUUUCGUGAAAUUUUCCACAACGUCGCGAUAUAUAAAAUGAAGCCCCUGCAUUCGCCAUGCUACCCUACUGAAAAAAAGCCCUUCACGAUAGCUCCCAUAUCCAAUAACAUCAUAUGACACAUGGGAAAAACUAGUUUUUAUAUACCAUCCCGUACGUUUCAUAUCGGAUUAUUGGAUAUGGGAGUUAUGGGGAAUAUGGGUUUCUCCAGUGGCAUAUCCAACUUCGUCUGACUUGCCGAGGUUGGUUUCCGUUAUAUCUCAAACGAGAAGGCAAUUGCGUCUGCACAAUUUUUUUUUUUUCAAUAACGAUGCGCAUGUCCGCGCUGGUCUUCUAUUCUGGUAAUAAUUCAGCUGAGAUUAUGAGAAAAGUCUUCGGCGCUCCCUCUGUGCAAUGUAAACAGCAGGUAACUAAAGAGUGCCGCCACAUCUGGGCCUGUAUUCACAACACAUCCCGCAGGCGAGAGCUGGACGCCAUCUUAUAACGGUUCGGAAAACGAACCGCUCGGUGGCCCUCGCGCGAUUGGUCAAAAUCGCGCUUUUGCUGACAAAAACGCAAUUCUGACCAAUAGCGCGAGGACAAGCGCGUGCGCCAGCCAAUCGGUACGGGGAACAUAUUAUUAGCGAAGGCGGCCACCUUUAUUAAAGACGAACAGUAAACCUUCGUGAAUUCGAUGUCUCGUGUAUCGAAAUGAAUGUCACUCGCAGAAUGUGAGAGGCCCAGCUAUGUUUAUUGAGGCACCGAUAUGAUUAUGAUACUGAUUGCCGGUACGCAAAAGCAUCUUCUCCGAGCACACUUCGUGUUUGAGUCACAAGACACGCAGCAAAACAAGUGAAACUUGUGAGCAGGUAGACUGCAGAUGUGUCUGACGGAAAGCGAUGCACAGUAAUCGCGAAAAGCAGUUCUCGGACUUGUGUAACUGUGGGAGGGAAGUGUUUAUGUCGAGAACCAACAGCAUGUGCGCGUCACGUCAUGAAUGUAUAGCGAAGUUGGGGCGAUACGGCACACGGUCGCCUGCAUCUGAUGGCUGUCAUGCCAAGCACAGUGAUUUGGAUGUGGAAUGUAUAUUUUGUCUGGCUGGACAUUUUUGUAACGUUCUUUGAGUGAAUGGAAACAAAUGCAACUACAAAAAAGAGAAACACCUAUAUCGGCCGGCAUCGAGUGCUUGUGCUAUUAUGUAUCACUUGUAAGUGUUGUAGCCAUGUUAUUAGAAAUGACCGUUUCUUUCACUUUUCGCUGUGAAUGUUGUAAAAAACUGAGUUCAUUUGAAAGAAGCGCCAAUAAAAAAAAAAGCUGCUCGUCCCUGUA